CAUUUGCUGCUCUUAGUGCUGUUAUGUUGCGGAUAUUCUAAUGCUGCUCUCAGGGCACCUUACCGUAACUCCAUGAAAUCAUUUGCUGCUAUAAGCGCAUUUUUGUUGCAGAUAUUCUAAUGCAACCCUCAGGGCACCUUACCAUAUCUUCAUGCAAUCAUUUGCUGCUCUAAGCGCGUUUUUGUUGCAGAUAUUCUAAUGCUGCUCUCAGGGUACCUUACCGUAUCUCCAUGCAACAUUAAUUUGUUGCUCUUAGCGCAUUUUUGUUGCAGAUAUUCUAAUGCCGCCCUCAGGGCAAAUUAUGACAUUAGAUCUACAAUUCUAUACUACUUUGAAGUGGCAAAAAAUAUAUAAAGAGUAAACUAUAAGUAUGAUGUUAAUGUAGCAUCUCUUUAGGAUAAUGUAUGAUCAUUUGGGCUUUAUGUUGUAGGGAUUCCUUUAGUAUAUCUAUAAGUUCACUUAUAGUAUAUUUGCAGUACAAAAUAAAACUUAAAUCUAAACUAUUUAUGUACUCAAACUUUACUACUUUUACACUUAAAGUAUACAUAAAAGUAUACUUUUAUAUACUAAAAAGUGGGCCAAUUUAGUCCCAAGAAAUAUUGAAGUAGUACACUUUAUACCACUAGUGCAUUGGUAUUAGUAUACUUACUAUGUAAAAUAUACUUGGGAAUUAUAUUUGAACUUUACUGAAGUUUUUUGUCUUUUGUCUAGUUUGGAAAACUUGACCAACCCAAAUGAACAUCUUAGAAACACUGAAGUCCCAAGGACGUCAUCGUGAAGAUGUCCUUGGGACAGUUGGGCCAUUUAAAGUCUUUCUGGGCAGUUUGGAGGCCCUUGUAGGCCCAUCUGAACUUCCAGAUGAGGUAAUGGAUGCCCUAUUUUACAUAAUCAGCAGGAGCCAGCCUGGGACAGAGCCCAUAAAUAGCCAGGCUAUGCGCCUGAUUUUGGAAGGCAGCUCCAGGGCCAGGAGCACUUAUUUUCUAAAAAAAAACAUUCUUAAAGGAGCCAGUGCCAUCUUCGGGCCCUACUUGGUGGGAGAGUGCCACUGGACCCUCUUUCAUUGCAACUUGAAAGAGGGAACCAUUACAUACAUUGACUCAUUGGGGGAGCAUCCACAGCGUUGCUCCCAAAUCAUCGAAAAUUGGAGCUUAUUUGCUGCUAGCAGAGGCUGCCAAGGGCCCUGGAAGUUCAUAAACAGGGACCAUGACUUGCAAAAUGACUCUGUGUCAUGUGGAGUGUUCUCAAUAAUGUUUGCAGAAAUGAUCCUCCAGGGACAACAAGGUCACCUCCAAUGCCUCCCCAUCUCCCAAGAGCGGGAGAGACUUGGGAUUUUGUUGUUUAAAUCCCUUGAUAGUUCAGGCAUUUGUACAGUCUGCUACAAGAAGAUGUCAGGGAAGAAAAAGGAGACAUGCUCAUUCUGCUCUACAGAAAAGAGUCCAAAACCAGAGGCAGAAACAGUUGAGAUGGAGACUGCAGAGGCAGUUGAAGUAGCAAAAACGAAGGUGGAGUUUGUUGCAGAUACAUCAGAUGCAUUUGAAGAGGAGGAGACAGCAUCGGAGAAAAUGGAGGCAGAAACAGCUGAGAUGGAGACUGCAGAGGCAGUUGAAGUAGCAAAAACGAAGGUGGAGUUUGUUGCAGAUACAUCAGAUGCAUUUGAAGAGGAGGAGACAGCAUCUGAGAAAAUGGGUAUCGAGGCAGAAACAGCUGAGAUGGAGACUGCAGAGGCAGUUGAAGUAGCAAAAACAAAGGUGGAGGUUGUUGCAGAUACAUCAGGUGCAGAGGAAGAGGAGAAAGAGGAGGCAUCGGAAAAAAAGGAUGGAUUCUAUGUGGAUAGCCUGUUGAAGGUGGCGUCUUCAAAGAAAGCUAAAAGGCACUUUGUUUCAGUAGAGGAGCUGCAGAGGAGAUGCUCUGCACCAGAGAAAUUCUCUGGUCACCUCAUGGUGACUUAUUUGAGGAAGGCAAAGGGGAAAAAAAAGGAGCUUGUGAGGGAAUUGAAAGAGGCAGGGGUGCAUCUGAGUCCGUAUGGCUCAAACACUACAAUGUGCACCAAACUAGUUGAAGGUAACAUAUAUGCAGUCAGAACUAGGUGAUUUCUUAAAGGUGUACAUUCAAACAGAUUCCCAUAUUACUGAAUUAGGUGUCCCACCAAAGGUUGUAGAACUGCAAGUUUUAGAAUGUCAGCCAUGAUGGAGGCAUA